GCCGCCGCGCUGCGGAGCUGCCACUGGGCUGCGCGCCUCCCGGGAACCCCCUCUCGUGGGUGCUCUUUGAAGUGGAAGAGGGAGGCGGCGAGGGGGAGGAGAAGGAAGGGAGAGAGGCCCAGCCCGCAGCCCUCUGCGCCCCGAGGCUCCCCCCGCACCGCGCACCUGGCGCCGCCUGCCCGCAGCAGAGGCUCGGCCCCUUUCUUCCGAGGACAACCUGCUGACCCCCGGCCAGGAUGGAUGGCAGAUGGCAGCCUUCACGCUGGGCCUGGUCCCUGCUGGCUCUGGCACUUGUGGCUGGGGGUGCGUCGUCCACAGGGGCCAUGGACAACAGCCCAACAUCCAACAGCCUGGAGGCGGGCACCGAUGCCACCGCCUACUGGUGGGGAGAGUGGACCAAGUGGACGGCGUGUUCCCGCAGCUGCGGGGCUGGGGUGACGUCCCAGGAGCGGCACUGCCUGCAACAGAGGAGGACGUCUGUCAUGGGCGCUGGGAACCGGACCUGCACGGGCACGUCCAAGAGGUACCAGCUCUGCAGAGUGCAGGAGUGUCCGCCGGACGGGAGGAGCUUCCGCGAGGAGCAGUGCAUCUCCUUCAACUCCCGUGUGUACAACGGGCGGACGCACCAGUGGAAGCCGCUCUAUCCCGAUGACUACGUGCACAUCUCCAGCAAGCCAUGCGACCUGCACUGCACCACCGUGGACGGCCAGCGGCAGCUCAUGGUCCCCGCCCGCGACGGCACGUCCUGCAAGCUUGCCGACCUGCGAGGGGUCUGCGUGUCUGGAAAAUGUGAGGUUCCCAUCGGCUGUGACGGCGUGCUCUUCUCCACCCACACGCUGGACAAGUGUGGCGUCUGCCAGGGGGACGGAAGCAGCUGCACCCACGUGACAGGCAACUACCGCAAGGGGAACGCCCACCUGGGUUACUCUCUGGUGACCCACAUCCCGGCCGGCGCCCGAGACAUCCAGAUUGUAGAGCGGAAGAAGUCUGCGGACGUCCUAGCUCUUGCAGAUGAAGCCGGCUACUACUUCUUCAAUGGCAACUUCAAGGUGGACAGCCCCAAGAACUUCAACAUCGCCGGCACCGUGGUCAAGUACCGGCGGCCCAUGGACGUGUACGAGACGGGAAUCGAGUACAUCGUGGCGCAGGGGCCCACCAACCAGGGCCUGAACGUCAUGGUGUGGAACCAGAACGGCAAAAGCCCCUCCAUCACCUUUGAGUACACGCUGCUGCAGCCGCCGCAUGCCCACCGCAUCCAGCCCAUCUACUACAGCUUCUCGGAGCCCGCCUCAGACAGCGCCGAGAGCCAGGAGCUGGACGGGGCGGGGCUGGUGGGCUUCCUUCAGCACAACGGCUCCCUCUACGGCCAGGCCUCCUCGGAGCAGCUGGGCCUGGACAACCGACUGUUCGGCCACCGGGGCCCGGGGAUCGAGCUGGGUCUGAGCAAAGGCCAGGAGACCAACGAGGUGUGCGCGCAGGCCAGCGGCAGGGCCUGCGAGGGGCCCCCCAGGGGCAAGGGCUUCCGAGACGGCAACGCCACCGGGAUGGCUCUCGCGGGAGACCAGGAUGAACAAGAGGCCGACGCCCGUUUUACCUCCCAGGAGCUCCUCUCAGCCAACGCCAUCUCCGACCAGCUCCUGGACACAGGCUCCGACUCCAAGGAGCUCCCCCUCAAUGAGACCAGCAACAGCAUCUUUGCACAGGGCGCCCCGAGGGGCUCCCCGGCCGACAGCCUCUACGUCGACUACGAGGAGAACGAGGGAGCCGGUGCUUACCUGCUCAACGGGUCCUACCUGGAGCUGAGCAGCGACAGAGUGGCCAACACCUCCUCCGAGGCCCCAUUCCCCAACGCCAGUGCCAGCCUCCCUGCCUUGGCUGGGAACAGGACGCAGAAGGCCAGGACCAGGCCCAAGACACGCAAGCAAGGCGUGAGUCCCGCGGACAUGUACCGGUGGAAGCUCUCGUCCCACGAGCCCUGCAGCUCCACCUGCACCACAGGGGUCAUGUCGACGUAUGCCAUGUGCGUCCGCUAUGAUGGCAUCGAGGUGGACGACAGCUACUGCGAUGCCCUGACCCGGCCCGAGCCCGUCCAGGAGUUCUGUGCAGGGAGGGAGUGCCAGCCCAGGUGGGAGACUAGCAGCUGGAGCGAGUGCUCGCGCACCUGCGGCGAGGGCUACCAGUUCCGCAUCGUGCGCUGCUGGAAGAUGCUCUCGCCCGGCUUCGACAGCUCCGUGUACAGUGACCUGUGCGAGGCGGCCGAAGCCGUGCGGCCCGAGGAGCGCAAGACGUGCCGGAACCCGGCCUGCGGGCCGCAGUGGGAGAUGUCUGAGUGGUCAGAGUGCACGGCCAAGUGCGGGGAACGCAGCGUGGUGACCAGGGACAUCCGCUGCUCGGAGGAUGAGACGCUGUGUGACCCCAACACCAGGCCUGUGGGGGAGAAGGACUGCACGGGGCCCCCUUGCGACCGCCAGUGGACAGUCUCCGACUGGGGCCCGUGCAGUGGAAGCUGCGGGCAGGGCCGCAUGAUCAGACACGUGUACUGCAAGACCAGCGACGGACGGGUGGUGCCCGAGUCUCAGUGCCAGAUGGAGACCAAGCCUCUGGCCAUCCACCCCUGCGGGGACAAGAACUGCCCCGCCCACUGGCUGGCCCAGGACUGGGAGCGGUGCAACACCACCUGUGGCCGAGGUGUGAAAAAGAGGCUGGUACUGUGCAUGGAGCUGGCCAACGGGAAGCCGCAGACGCGCAAUGGCCCCGAGUGCGGCCUGGCCAAGAAGCCCCCGGAGGAGAGCACGUGCUUCGAGAGGCCCUGCUUCAAGUGGUACACCAGCCCCUGGUCUGAGUGCACCAAGACCUGCGGGGUGGGAGUGCGGAUGCGAGACGUGAAGUGCUACCAAGGGACCGACAUUGUCCGAGGCUGCGACCCGCUGGUGAAGCCCGUUGGCAGACAGGCCUGUGACUUGCAGCCUUGCCCCACGGAGCCCCCAGACGACAGCUGCCAGGACCAGCCGGGCACCAACUGCGCCCUGGCCAUCAAGGUGAACCUCUGCGGCCACUGGUACUACAGCAAGGCGUGCUGCCGCUCCUGCCGGCCCCCCCACUCCUAGGCCCGGCAGCCGCCCCUCAGAGACCGAGUACCAUCCCUGGGGCCGCAGCAGCCCCUCCACGGACACCCUCCCUGCAGGGCGCCACGCCUGUGAAGACGUGACACUGAGCCCCUGCUCUCUCCCCGGGCAGGAGAGCCCCUCCCCGGCCCCCCACCCCCGAGCGCGCCCUCGGCCCUCCCAGGACAGAGCCGGGAGGACUGGCGUGUUUGUGGUUCCCACCCGGGGGCCUGGAAACAUCCUCUAGCCCUCCAGGGCUGUGGGGGUGAGGAGAGGGGGACGGGCAGCCAGGGAGACAGGGCGCCUGGGAUCCUGAUGCUGUUUAGGUGACUCUUUCUGGAGGAAUUUUAAUCUCACGACGUAGCAUCGCUCGCCUCCCUGAUACGAAGCUCUUGGCACGGAGGGACCCACCGCACUUUACACCCGGGAAGAGGCAUCUUUCUCAUGGCACCGUGGCUGUGUUGUCGUCCGUCAGUACUCUCUGUAUGUUAAUAAAGUGGUCCUA